AUAAAUCUAUCGUUUAAGCAUUGGAAAUAAAAUUUAGUGAAUCUGAAGAAUGAUAAGUACCAACAUUGCCAUAUACUCGCAGAAAAGCAUAAAAACGGAAGCUGCAGCAGUGGUAUCCACACUGUUUUAUUAGAUGAACGAAUCAGGAGGAACAGAAUCACUAUCUUUAAAGGUGGUGGCAGUUCAUCCAAAACAUAUGCGUGUGACUUCUAUUGACUGGAAAAGUAGCACCACGCCAGCUUUACAAAAAGUGUUUAUAACCAACGCAUAACCAAUACCUAAUAAAAAUAUAACCCUUAAAGGUCAUCGAAUUCAACAGCAAAACAGUGGUGUAAGGGACUUACAUCUUUACAACGUUCACGACUUUACAAAAUGCCAUGUCCGAAAACUGAUUCAUAACUUAGAUUCGACUGUAAAUAUUCAGCAGCAAGUAAUUCUUCGUUGCAGCAAUAACCCUGGCCACGCUCGUAAAAUAAAAAGAAGAAAGCAAGGUUACUGGCCAUCGUCCCUUAAUAGUAAAGCAAAUCGAUUAUUGUACCCGAUUACCUACCCAAUGGCGAAUCGUCUGUCAAAGUUGAUCACUUCCCUCAUGACUUGUUGCAGUUAUAAUGGACUUAUCGAUUUGCUUUUCAUCUAGACUUCCUGCACAACGUUGGCAUAUUCUAUCGAGAUGUCAAGCGGGAGAACAUUCUGUUAACGCAAAUAUUUCAUAUAAAGUUGACCGAUUUUGAGGCAUGUCCGAAUAUAUAGGUACGAUCUUAUAAAUUUAAACCACAGAUUGAUAUACCAUUAGCUGAAGAAUGGUAACAAACAAAUCUGUUUCCCAAAUAUUGAAGAGUUUAAAUAACUAUAUUGAACGGAAACAAGCAAUGCGACAUUUAAUCUAAGCUUUUACAACAUUAUUAAUUUGAUAGAGGGAAUGAAAACGUUGUUUAAUCUAUUUCUUAAUGAUUACUAUUAGAGCUUAAGCUUAGAGUAUAUUUAUAAUCAUAUAUGUAAUAGCGAGUGCAGGUGAAAAAGAGAUAUAACGGAACUUAGCUUCGUCGUGGCAAAGCACGAAUCACCAAACAGUAAAAAUUUUUGAGCAAGCUCAGCCCCAACGAAAAACUGUACUCGAUUAUUAAAUCAUAGAGUCGACUUCUAGAAUGAACGCACGCUCACAGAUAUUUGAUCUAACUAUGGAAGGUCGCCAGGUGGAUGAGGCAGUGGCCGGCAUAUUUCACACAGUGCUUUUUCACCGCUGUUUGGGCAAAUAUAUGUAUACGGGAGAUGCACAAUACUCCAUUGGGACCGUGGGGUAUUCAGAUGUUGAUUGUGACUUUAUUGAUUUUACAUAUGUUUGCUGCACAUCAGAUAGCCUUACGCGCAGGGUGAAGCGUGCCAUCAAUUUGUUUAGCGAAAAGUUGCGUUCAAAUGAAAGCUGCGGAUCCGGACAGAUCAGCUUGGAGUUUUUUCAGAAAAAGAAAAAUCGUUGGCUAUUUACACAGGAGUCUAUACCAUGGGAGGUGUGGACAGUACACCUGGAUUUAAUUAAGCACGAAAACGAGGAUGAGCGCCAGCUCUGCCGCGAAAAUGUGUCGGACCUGCUUACCGAAAAGGUUAUAUACAUUACAGAAUUAAUGAACCGACACGAUUAUGUGCCUAAGACGCCAAGUCAAAGCGAGCUUGAUCUGAUCUUCGACACUUCGUUUCCCGAUGUACAGCCAUAUUUGUUCAAAUUCGAUUAUUCAACUUCCGGAUCAACGGCACCUUCAAUGGGAAAUGCCAUGAAAAAAAUCAUCAAAGAAACGCUGGCAAUGUGAUUGGCUGAUUAUGUUAGCAAAGAAACGUAUGUCUUGGUAUGUGCGUUCAACGUUUUAAGCUUAACCGACAAUAAUUUAUGUGGCAAUAAUUAUAAAACUUGCUAACUAACCUAUUCUUGAACUUGUUAGUAUUUUAUGUAUGGCUUUUUCAGGAAGAGCACGAUGACCAAAAAAAGUUAUAUUUUAUCAAAGCUAUUAUCACUUUUGUGUUGUUUUUCUAAAAAAUUUUCUGGUUAACAGACAUGUAAUAUGUCUAAAAUGUAAUAUAAUCUCACUAAACAACAAUUAAAUAUUCGCAGUCAUUUGCGAGCUAAUA